AUGCCCUCCGCUGUGGCUGUUUUCCCCCACUUUGGCUAUAGGAAGCUCAUACCGUGGUUGCUAGGGCAACCAAGGAGGAUGGCUCCCAGCAGGAGCUGGGGAAGCCAUGGGCUGCUGUUCAGCUCGUCGCUGUGGAGCAUGCCUGCUGACCUGCUGCUGGCUGGUAGGAGGAGCCAACUCUGCAGAGGAGCUUCUCCAGGCCCAGUAUGGGUCCUGCCGCCCCACUGCCCCACCAUGAGACAGAGCUUCAGCAUUAGAGCAAGUGCUCCUCUCUCCCUCUGCUGGCCACUGCAUAGCUCUGACUUGCUCUGCUCCAGUUGUAGCAGGAGCACAGGCAGCAAGAUGUCCUCCUCCUCCUCCAGCUCCUCAUCCACCAGCGAUGGACAAGGGAAGCCUAAACCUAAAUCCACAUUUCACAGCAGGGGGAGCCUGAAGAGCACCACCAGCCCUGACCUGCGCAGUGCAUCUGGGCCCAAGCCCCUCAAGCAGCAGCGAUCUCUUCCAGGGACACCUGUCUCUCUCACACAUUACCCAAUCGACCUGCGAACAUCCAUGGAAGAGAAGUACAAAGAGAUUGCAGAGGAGCUGUUCACACGCAGCAUGGCAGAGAGCGAGAUGCGCAGUGCUCCUUAUGAGUUCCCGGAAGACAGUCCCAUCGAACAGCUGGAAGAGCGCCGGCAUCGCCUGGAGAGGCAAAUCAGCCAGGACAUUAAGCUUGAGCCAGAGAUCUUGCUCCGUGCCAAACAGGACUUCAUGAAAAUCGACAGUGCUGCAGACCUAGAGCUAAUGAAACAGGUGAGUUUGGACACUGUUGAUGAUGGCUUUAAAGAGAGGGCAAUGCCAAUGGAGAGGGAGUACCAGCGGGUCUCAAUAUCUGGAGAGGAAAAGUGUGGGGUGCCCUUCACUGACCUGGUAGAUGCUGCCAAGUGUGUGGUGAAGGCAUUAUUCAUCCGGGAGAAGUACAUAACACGAUCCAUGCAGAACUUUUGUAAGACCACAGCUCACGCCUUGCAGGACCUUGGGACCAAGCCUCUGGAAGUGGGAGUCUAUGAUGAUAUACCAGAGACACCUGUAGAUGCCGAUGCCCCCGUCCACCCACCUGUUUCAGAGACACAUCCUUAUGAAAACCAGGACCCCAUGAAUAUGCCAGCAGACACAGGAUAUGGUUGCAAGAUGCUUGAUGGAGUAGUCCAUGUCUACACCAAGAAAACCAACAUGGACAAGAGUUCAGAACUGGACUUGCCGUAUCCUGACCUGAAAGAGUAUAUUGCAGAUAUGAAUGUUAUGAUAGCUCUCAUUAUCAACGGGCCAGUGAAGUCUUUUUGCUACCGUCGCCUUCAGUACCUGAGCUCUAAAUUCCAGAUGCACAUCCUCCUGAAUGAGAUGAAGGAGCUGGCAGCUCAGAAGAAAGUUCCUCACAGAGACUUUUACAACAUAAGAAAGGUAGACACACACAUACAUGCAUCUUCCUGCAUGAACCAGAAGCACCUGCUGCGAUUCAUCAAGAGAGCCAUGAAGAAAUACCCUGAGGAGAUUGUUCACAUUGAGAACGGGCGUGGCCAGACCCUGAAGGAGGUGUUUGAGUCCAUGAACCUGACGGCCUUCGACCUGAGUGUGGACACUCUGGACAUGCACGCGGACCGUAACACGUUCCAUCGGUUUGACAAGUUCAAUGCCAAAUACAACCCGAUUGGAGAAUCCAUCCUCAGAGAGAUCUUCAUCAAGACUGACAACCACAUUGAAGGAAAAUACUUUGCACACAUUGUCAAGGAGGUGAUGUUUGACUUGGAGGAGAGCAAGUACCAGAACUCUGAACUACGUCUGUCCAUCUACGGCCGCUCCAGAGAUGAAUGGGACAAGCUGGCCCAAUGGGCCGUCAAACAUCGAGUGCACUCUCAUAAUGUGCGCUGGCUCAUCCAGGUGCCCCGCCUUUUUGAUGUGUACCACACAAAGAAGCAGCUGGCUAAUUUCCAGGAGAUGCUGGAGAACAUCUUCAUGCCUCUGUUUGAAGUCACGAUCAACCCCCGCAGUCAUCCUGAGCUGCAUCUCUUCCUGCAGCAUGUGGUAGGCUUUGACAGCGUGGAUGACGAGUCCAAACCUGAGCACCACAUUUUCAAUCUUGACAGUCCGCUGCCACAGAACUGGACAGAAGAGAACAACCCACCCUAUUCCUACUACCUCUACUACACUUAUGCCAACAUGACUGUGCUUAACCACCUGCGAAGGAGACGAGGCUUCCAUACGUUUGUGCUGCGACCUCACUGUGGGGAGGCGGGGCCGAUCCACCACCUGGUGUCAGGUUUCAUCCUGUCAGAGAACAUCUCCCAUGGGCUGCUGCUCAGAAAGGCCCCAGUUCUGCAAUAUCUUUACUACCUGGCUCAAAUUGGCAUUGCCAUGUCACCGCUGAGUAACAACAGCCUGUUUCUCAGUUACCACCGCAACCCGCUGCCAGAGUAUCUGUCAAGAGGCCUCAUGGUCUCUCUGUCCACUGAUGAUCCCCUUCAGUUCCACUUCACCAAGGAGCCUCUGAUGGAGGAGUACAGCAUUGCUACUCAAGUUUGGAAACUGAGUUCUUGUGACAUGUGUGAGCUGGCAAGAAACAGUGUUCUCAUGAGUGGCUUUUCACACAAGGCCAAAAGCUACUGGUUGGGCCCCAACUAUUCAAAGGAGGGUCCUCUAAGCAACGACAUCCGUCGUACCAACGUCCCUGACAUCCGUGUGGCAUACCGCAGUGAGACACUCUCUGAGGAGCUUCAGCUGAUCACUCACGCUGUGCGCACAGAGGAGCUGGACACCAUUGAUGAGGAGGACACUCUGUCCAUGGGCCCUCUCCCGGGACGUCACUGAAAUAACAAUCACAUGGUUUCGUCCCGUCCAGUAAAUCCCCAACCCUGUGGUCCACCCAGCAUGAUGCUGAAGAGACCUGGUGUGAGAGCAAAUCUGCUGUCUGUUCAUCCUAAUUACAGUAUAAACAUCCCUAAUCAUCACUGCGUAAGUUAUGCUGCACACUGACAGCCACACCACUAUCAAAAAGCCAAGGAUAUAGUGCUGCCGGUGUUCUUCUAUCUCUUGUGAGUCAUUUUCAUUUUGUUGGAGAGGAUUCAAAUUCAGUUUAUGGCUAAGUUUUGAUCAGAGGUUUUCCCCAACUCUUUUCCUAUAAAGAGUUGAGGAGGAGUUUCUAUUAUUUUCUGUGACAUGUCCACUGUCAGCCAGCAUGAUGCAGGUUAGAGGGGAUGACCACACAAGACAAGAACAACAGGGAAACACUAGAAUGCAGCACUAAAGCCAUUAAAUGAUCCCUGUGAUAUGUUUCACCAAAGAUACUUCACAGCAUGUAGUAUCUCUGAGGUAUCUGUGUACUAUAGACACUGUCAACCAGCACAUUUCAACUAAUAGCAAACAUGCGCUGAACAUUGCUUCCAAUUUACAUUUAUGCUGCUUAACUAAUGCAUCUAUCAUCUUCAUUAUAAGUAUAAUGAAGGAAUAAAGAUGCAGUUUUAUUAGAACAACAGUAGUGUUGUCUGUGAAGGUUGGACAUACCUACAGUACAAACAGGUUUCAUCUUUUAAGCCACUUCAGGGCGACUUAAAGCCUUGAGAUACAACCGAAUCAGCGAGUCCUAUACCUAAGAGGAAAUAGCUUCUGUCUGAAUGCUGCAGUGCUGAAGAUCAGCCAUGAAUGGAGCUUGGUGUGGUUUCAGAUCAUUUAUUUGCCAAAUUGCACACGCAGCAUUAUUCCUCCAUCAUUUAAAUGAGCUCAGAGGUGAACAGAGAAGAGAAAAACUCACAUCAGGAGAGAAGCAGACAUUCCAUGAAGCAAAUGGUACUUUUAGUUGAAA